CUUUGUCGUUCCGGUUGAUAUCGUCAAGAUGAUGCCUCAUCGGAUUUGGCGCCUGAGACCGCUUCGUUUUAUAUAUCAAGCAGCUCUUUCAACCCUUAACGUUCAACCUAUAAAGAAUCCUGAGAUUAAAUGCCGAUCGGUAACGUUUACUCUUUAUGUUGUUGAGAUACAUGUGCCUGCUAGAUAUUCAUCAACAAUAAGUGGCAUGAGGCUGUCAGUGGAAAACACUUUCGGACUGUGAACCCAGCAACCGGAGAUGUUAUAUGUGAAGUUUCAUCCGGCGAUAAAGAGGACAUCGAUAAGGCAGUAGCAGCAGCCAAGAAAGCCUUCGAAUUCGGUUCCGAAUGGAGGCGAAUGGAUGCGUCAAUGCGCGGUCGCCUACUGAAUAAGCUUGCAGACUUGAUAGAAAGGGAUCGUGUCUAUUUGGCCUCCUUGGAGUCACUGGAUAAUGGAAAGCCGUUUAUGGAAGCUUACUAUGCUGAUUUGAAUUUCGUUAUCAAAUGUUUCCGAUAUUUCGCUGGUUGGGCCGACAAAAACCAUGGAAAGACGAUCCCCUUGGAUGGUGACUACAUGUGUUUUACGCGACACGAACCGAUUGGUGUAUGUGGUCAAAUCAUUCCGUGGAACUUCCCACUGUUGAUGCAAGCUUGGAAACUCGCACCUGCUUUGGCAAUGGGUAACACGGUCGUGAUGAAAACUGCAGAACAGACCCCACUGUCGGCAAAUUGGGUGGCCCAGUUGACCAAGGAAGCUGGUUUUCCCGAUGGAGUAGUCAACAUUGUCCCUGGGUUCGGUGGGACCGCAGGUGCAGCUCUCGUGGCUCACCCGGAUGUAGAUAAAAUCGCUUUCACGGGAUCGACCGAAGUUGGAAGAUUAGUGGUGCGAAACGCGUACGAACACGGCCUGAAACGUUUCACCCUUGAGUUAGGAGGCAAGAGUCCACUUAUCGUAUUCGGCGAUGCUGACAUGGAGCUGGCGGUAUCCACGGCCAAUUUCGGUCUGUUUUUCAAUCAGGGCCAAUGUUGUUGUGCCAGCUCGCGAAUCUUUGUCGAGGAAUCCAUUUACGAUAAGUUUGUUGAGUACAGCACGGAGCAUGCGAAAGCACGCGUUGUGGGAGAUCCCUUUGAUGUCAGUACUCAACAGGGCCCGCAAGUCGAUGAAACUCACUUUAACAAGAUAAUGUACUACAUUGAAAGCGGAAAAAAUCAGGGCGCUCGACUCUGUACCGGUGGUAGUCGUGUCGGCUCCACUGGUUACUUUAUCCAACCUACAGUGUUUGCGGAUGUCAAAGACGAUAUGAUUAUUUCCAAAGAAGAGAUAUUUGGACCCGUAAUGCAGAUUACCAAGUUUCGCACUAUGGAUGAAAUGUUUCAUCGAGCAAAUUCCACAGAAUAUGGACUAGCUGCUGGGAUUAUUACGCCAGAUCUGGACAAGGCCAUGUACACAAUGCAAGGCCUUCGUGCAGGAACGGUGUGGAUCAAUUGCUACGAUGCCCUUGAUUCGGCAGCUCCAUUUGGAGGCUAUAAAAUGUCCGGUCUGGGGCGCGAGUUGGGAGAAUACGGACUGCAAAUAUACUCAGAAGUAAAAACGGUCACUAUGCGUUUGUCUCAAAAGAAUUCGUAGAUGGAAUCUUCUAGUGGCUUUUGCGAAUAUCUGCUCUGUUUAUUAUUGGCACUUACGGUUUGCUUUUUUCCAUCUAAUCAUGGUUAUUUGAUUCUACAAUAGACCGGGU